CGUACAAAACAUCUCGUUCUCUUGAAGACUCAAACUCAUUGUGCGUAGCGGCCGCAAUUGUCCACGCAUCCCGCUAGCAGUCCAGACCACUAUGAUCCUGAGACUGGCUGCAAGACCAUCGAUCCAUGCAUGAAUCUACGCAUCCCCAGCAAGAGCCAUGUGCAUGGCAUGAUAAGAUCUAGGAGAUCUUUGGCCCUAAUCUGUCUCAUUGCGACUAUCGCAUUCACUACGAUCCUGCUACGACGUCCCAAAGUCCUCAACCUCGAAGAGCCGACCUCCCUCUUCCACGGCCACCAUGCACACGAAGAGAACCAACCACUCCUCCCGGCGGCAUCGCUUCUACACCCUAUUCACGAGCUGAUCUCAGAAGCGGAGGGUAACUUCCAGACUGUGCGUGCGCGCCAGUCACGAUCCCUUAGCGAUGCCGUAGCCGAGUAUCGCAGGCGGUAUAAGAUACCUCCUCCGCCUCAUUUCGACAAGUGGUACAACUUCGCGAAAAAGAGAGGGGUUGAAUUGAUUGAUGAAUAUGACACGAUAUAUCACCAGCUUCUGCCCUUCUGGGCGCUGGAGCCCGCAGUCAUUCGAGAAAGGACGAGAGAGGCCAUUGGCUUUGACAAUGCCAUGAUCGCGGUCAUGAUCCGAAACGGACAAGUUACAACGAUCGAAGGAGGCGGAGACAUGUACGCGUGGCAAAGAGAGGCAACACCUAUCAUGCUCAAAGAGUUCAUCAAAUAUCUUCCAGACAUGGACUUGAUGUUCAACAUCCACGAUGAACCUCGAGUAGUCAUGCAGCAUGAUGAUCUGCUUCACCAUGUCAAGGUCGCCACAGACGAAAACAUGCCUAGGGCAUAUACCGCGCAGAGCCUCAAGAAUGCAUGGUCACCGAGGGCUGGGGAUCUAGGAGAGGGUAUACGGAUCAAGGAAUACAAGACGACCCGCUUCAAUCGCUUCGCGCAUCAGCCUACAUGGAGUGAGUCCAGACUGUCCUGUCCACCCGACAGCGCAGCUCGGACGUGCCUGAACGAUUCAUGUCCGGACAAUACGUCAGCAUAUUCGGGUUUUCCUCUAGAUCUCAUCCGCAACACCACCGCCUACUCCGACAUCUGCAAUUCUCCCAGCAUGGAGCGUUCGUUCGGCUUCUUCGACCGACCCAACGCUUUCGACGUUACUCACGAAUUGUUUCCGAUAUUUUCGCAGUCGAAGAUUUCCAGUUUCCAGGACAUCCUCUAUCCAUCGCCGUGGUAUUACAUGGGCCGUGUCAAGUACGAAAAAGAGCGGGACAUGCCCUGGGAAGAAAAAGCGCCCACGAUGUACUGGCGUGGCAGCACCACAGGAGGCUUCUCACGCGACGGUGGCUGGAGACGGCAGCAUCGUCAACGAUUCUUGACCAAGAUUCAGCCACUAAACAAAGCCAAGGUCCUCGAACUCGACAACUCAUCCUCCACAGAAGAUGUGUGGCGCGAGAAAGAGAUCUCCGCACAAGAAGUCUCACAAUACUUCGACGUCAAGUUCACGUACAUCGGCCAAUGCGACCCCGGCGACUGCGACGCCCAACGCGAGUACUUCGGCACUGUGGAGCCAGUGAAUAUGUUCGACGCGCUCGCCUCGCGGUACCUCUUGGACAUUGACGGCAACGCUUUUUCGGGUCGAUACUACGCCUGGCUCCUCAGUAAUAGUCUUGUGUACAAGCUCGCCGUCUUCCGUGAGUGGCAUGACGAGUGGCUGCGACCAUGGGCGCACUAUGUCCCGCUUGGGUUGCAAGGGGACGAGUACGCCGAGGCUGUGCGCUAUUUCGAUCAAGAAGAGAGUGGGAAGGUCGAGGGCAAGAGGAUCGCAAGUCAGAGUCGUGAAUGGGCUCAGAAGGUGCUCAGGAACGAGGACUUGGAGGUCUGGUAUUUCAGGUUGUUGCUUGAGUAUGGUCGCCUGAUCGACGAUGACAGGUACAAUAUUGGUUUUAGUCUAUGAGAGGUUGCAUAUAGUCGAUACGACUCAGCCGGCGUCUUGCGGUUGAGUACCUUGUUUUGUCUUGCCCUUUGUACCAAAAUGCACAUAGCUGUAAAUAUAUCCGCGAGAAAGAGCGUCCAUCAA